GGACUUCCGCUCUCAUCCGCUAUAUUUGACCAAUAGAAGCCGAGAAACGCCAGUGACAAACGGAAGCAGGAAGUGCGGGGGCGGAAGCAGGAAGUGCGGGGCGGAAGAGGAGACAUGGCGGCGUUCCCGGGGCAGGCCGGGCCGUACAGCGGAGCCCAUUAUGGCGGCGGAGCCCCACACGGGGUGGAUCCCGAGGCCUUGUCGUGGUUCCAGGCUGUGGACACGGAUCGCAGCGGCUCCAUCUCGGUGAAGGAGCUGAAACAGGCGCUGCUCAACAACAACUGGUCGGCGUUCAACGACGAGACGUGUCUGUUAAUGAUCAACACGUUUGACAGCAGCAGGUCGGGUCGGAUGGACGUGUACGGCUUCUCGGCGCUGCUUCGCUUCAUCCAGCAAUGGAGGAGCCUGUUCCAGCAAUACGACAGGGACCAGUCGGGAUCCAUCAGCUGCACUGAGCUGCAGCAAGCAUUCUCCCAGAUGGGUUAUAACCUGAGCCCCCAGUUCAGCCAGCUGCUGCUGUCCCGUUAUGCCCAGAGAUCCUCCAACCCCAGCAUCCAGCUCGACCGCUUCAUUCACAUCUGCAUGCAGCUGCAGAGCCUGACAGAUGCCUUCCGUGAGAAGGACACGGGGAUGGUGGGCAACGUGCGGCUCGGCUAUGAGGACUUCCUCACCAUGGUCAUAACACGCAUGUUGUGACACACGAGGCCAAGGGGGGAUGGUGGCUGUCCUGGUCCUGGUCCCUGUCCUGUCCUGGUCCUGGUCUAUUCCUCAUCCCCAGUGGAUGGCGGUGGGUGCCUCUGUGCUGCAGCAGGGCUUUGCUGUGCCACAAUGAGUGACAACCAAACUAAGAGUGAGCCUGUGCCAUGCUCUGAUCCUCUGCUGUGGCUCUGGGGACAGCUCUGUGCCUUUGGGAGCACCUGGAUCUUCCCCUGCCAGCCACAGAGUUGUAUCAAAACCCAGGGUCACCUCAUGCUCACAGGCAGGACUGGGUCCCUCGUUGCCAAUGUCUGUACUGAUUUCUUUCUGCCUGUGGAAGCCAAGCUUGGAAACGGUUUACAGCUUAUUUUUGUAGCUCUAAUAAAAGAGCCCUGGCAGCAUUUCCUGGCUGGUCUGUGGGGCGAUGGCUGCGUGGCUCCAGGGAAUGAAGUGCUGUCCUUCUUCUGAGAUACAGCCACAAAAGUGAAGGCCGACACUGAAAAGGUUCGGGUUGUUUUUCUUCCCUGUGCUCCUAAAAUGAUGGUUGUGGGGUUGUUCUUUUAAUUGCCUUUGAUGAGAAGCAGCACCCUGACCAUUGUGUGACAGCUGAGUUUCUUUGUUCAGGGUAAGGGGGUGUUUUAUGAACGAGUUAAAACGUUUUCUGGUGCUCUGAGGAGAAAUAACAGCGCUGUUAUUUGUCUCAA